CCUAUAUAUAUAUCAUACUAACCCGGGUUCGAUUCUCACAUUCGCAUUGUUUUUUUUUAUUUUUUACGAAAAAUAAAUGAGAUGACAUGGCAAUUUCGGAUUCUCUGAUUGGUUGAUUUUUCUAUCCUAUGUGGACACCCUCUCCAUGGUUUAUAUGCCCCUUUUAGUAUAGUAUAGAUACCCUUCGUGAAUCGUGAUAUGGACUAAAGGAUAUGGUUUAUAAAAUUUUCGUGUGACCACUAGGAGCCAAAAAAAAGCAUUAUAUAAUAUAGUAACAUUUAACAAUUAUUAGUCCGUUUUAUUAAAUCCCCCUUUUAGGGCAUUACCAGUUUAUUUGUUAUUUAAUGUUUUUUUUGGGUGUAAAUAUUAAGAAAAGAAGAUACUUUGUUGAUUAAUGUUGAAGGAAAGUUGGAAGAUACUUUUGAAAGACAAUAGUGCAACAUACCUUUUUGUAAAUUUCUAAAUAUAUUUUUGUUUCUCGAAGGGAAACAAAGUAUAGUUUAACGAUUUGGAAAAUCUCAUUUACUUUUCAAAAUUUCUAAUAUAUAUUCUUUGCUAUCCAAUUAUCCUCUUUGAUUAUCUUUUCUCUUUCUAUUUACAACUUGCACACAAACUGAUGAAAAAAUGUAUUUUUAGGAUUGUCAAGAUCAAAAAACAUAUUAGAAACCACCAAUUAAAAAAUAAUUUGUAUAUAUAAAAGUAUACACAUUAGAGUAAAGACAUAAAUCAAAACUAAUACUUUUAUUUAUUUACAAUCAUGUUUUUUGGUAAGUAAAUCAAAAUAAUUAUUUUAUGUAUUUUAUAUCGUAUAUAAUUAAACUUUAGUGAUAUUGACAUAGAUAUAUAAUUUAUUUUAAUAUAAAUAUUUAUUUUUGACACUUCCUACUCAUAUGAUUUGAUUAACAUUUGUAUAUUUGCUGUAACAAAAAUUUAAACCGUUCUUUUAGCCUGAGAUUUAUCAAUACAAAUUUUAAAAUUAAAAUAUUUCGAUCUCAAUAAUUUUUUCAAUGCAAAUUUUGAAAUUAACAUAUUUUUAUAUAGUAUAUAAUUUAAUUUAAAUGAUAUUAAUAUAUAAUAUGAAUAUAUAUUAAUGAGACUUCACGUUCAUACGAUUUAGUUGUAUAUUGCUUGAACAAAAAAAAGUUAAACCAUUAAUCACGAAAUUUUCAAUGUUGGAUUUUUACCAUUUUUAGUAAUUUAUAGUCGUUUAAAAAAAAUCAAAAUAUAACAUAUAAGAAAAUAUGUAUUUUUUAUUAUUAUAUAUGAUUAAUGUGAUUUUUUAUUUCUUUAAUAAUAAAAAAUUAAACAAUAAAAAGAAGAUACAAAAAUUGUUACCAAAUAUGUAUUAUUCAUAAUAAUUAAUUGUCAUAUAUAUGCUAAUCAUAUUAAAUAAUUUUGUAGCAUUUAUUUAAGUAAAAAAUUGAGAAUAUUCAUUUGUACACUACUAAUCAAUUUGAGAGUUAGUUUAAUAAAAAAAUAAUUUAUAAUAAUAUAGACUAACUUAUUUUUUUAAGAAUUUGAAAAAUCAUUUAACGAUGACUUGUGGUUACAAAAACAUAUUGUAGUGCUCUAAGAUUAAUAUACAGCUGAUGUGAGUGUUCUAAGCUUGCAAAAGACGUUGGUGAUAUACUUCAGUUAUGGUUCGUCACUCUCAUAUUAAACCAUUCUUCUUUUAUUUCAGAGUUGGCGUGUCUUAUUUAUUUGACUUAAAUCCCGAGUAUUUUCAAAAGAAUAGAUUUUUGUUGAACUCUAAGUAGACUGACGACUAUUUUUGAACUUAGGGUAAUAAAAAUAGAUGAAAUACAGUGAAACUUCUAUAAAUUAAUAAUGUUGGGAUUAUACCAAAACUAUAAUUUUUUUAUAUUAAAUUAUAGAGAUAUUAAUUUAUCGAUAUACUAAUUAAACCAAAAAUGCAAUUUGAGACUAUAAAAUUAUAUUAUUUUAUAGAGAUUUUUAGUGUAUAUUAAUUUAUAGAGUAUUAAUUUAAAGAGGUUAUAAUGUAUUCAUAAAUUUUAUUCAAUCUAUUUUGAUUUAAUCCGAAAAUUCAGUUAUAUUUAUUCUCACAAAUUAAAGAAAAUAUUAACAUCCAAUAUCAAUUAAAAAUAAGCAAAUCACAAAUACUAAAAUAUAAAAAAAUAUCACGAUCCAUUAUAUGUAUAUAUGUAUAUAAGUAAUUAUAUAUAACAUUGUAUAAUAGUUUUAACGUUAGAAAAUUUAAAUAUAUUUUAUUCACAAAAUUAAUUAUUUAGAUGCUAAAUUUUAUUUAACUAACAGAUUUUUUAUACUGAAAUAUAAUUUUUAAACUUUUUGACUUAUUUGAAUUUUUAUUUUAUUGUUAGUCUUAUCGAAUAUAUAUAUAUAUACUUGAAACUGAAUAUCCAUCAUAGUGACAUAACAAAUCAGUAAUAAAAGUGAUGGUCCGGACAAAUCGAACCACAGAUAGAUAAAAUUCCGGACAUCUGAUUUGUGUAUGUAACUCAAAAACAAUACUUUUUUGUUUUAAAAUGAUACAUGUAUUAGAGUUUUCAUAUAUAUUAAAUUUUAGCUAUAAAUGUAUAAUUUGUUUUUGUGAUUAUCUAUUUCCCACACUUUUAACAAAGAAAAAAUUAAUAAAUACAAUUAUAUCUUUUGAAAUGUACAAUUAAUCAUUUUAAAUUUGUAAAACAUGUAUUGAAAACACAAAAUAUUUUUUUUAAUUUAGAAUUUCAAUUACUGUUCUGAAAAAAUAGUUUAAAUUUAAUUGAAUUUAUUUUUAUUGUAUUUUUUCUGUUAUCUUAUUGCCAUUAAAAAUGUGGAACUUUAUUUUACUUUUUUUUGUCAGGACUUUAUUUUACUUUUUUUCUCAUAAGGUUUUGUCGUGUAUCUGGAGUAAUUAAUUCACGUCGUCAUGCACGAUUUGAUUUCAAUUUAGAUACGUUAUCCCAGCCCAUGAGAAGUAUUUGUGUUGUGCGUAUUGGUUUGAAGUAGUCUACCCUAAGAGCAAUAAUUGCGAUGCUCGUAACUUUGAGCUAAUUUUUUGUCCCAUUACACUGUUUGAUUGUUUUUGUUUUUUUUUUGCCAUGUUUAUACACAAUUAUUUUCUCUCAUUUCCAAUAUCUAAAUAUACAUGUACAUAUAUACUUAUACAAGCUGUCGACAACAGACGUAUAUUCUUAAAACAAAUAUUUUUCUUUAUUUUUAAGAAUUUCAAUUACAGUUUCAAAUUCAUAUGUUUUCAAAUGCAAGUAUAUAUAUUUUAAUUUUGUUGGUUACGUCAAAAAAAUUUGGUAAAUUCUAUAUUUUUAAAAAGGGAAACUAUAACAUUGUUCUUGAAAAAUAAUCGAUUAACUAGAUUUUGACCCGCGCUUCGAAAGCGCAGGUUUUUUCGGUUAAUAACAAUGUUCAAAAUAUGAAUUAAUUUUUUAGUUCUAAUGUAAAUUAAUAAGUUACAAAAUCGUAUUAUAUCAAAAAAGAAAUGAUUUAUUGUCUAAAAUUACAUAUCAUUUAAUUUAUUUGAUAUAUUGCAUUUAUUUAUUUUUAUUUGUUUUUACAACUGAGAUAUUGUAUGUAUAUUCUUAUGUUACAACAAUAUUUUUAUAUUUUAUGUACAUUUUAUAAAAGUUGUAUUUGUUGUUGGUCAGAUAGAAGAUUUACUUGGCAAAUUUUGGGAUAAUAUAUAUGUAUAGAUUUGUAGGUUUUUAAUAGUUUUUGAAAUAUUUUUGUACCCGACCUAGAUCUGCGGUUGAACCUGUAAAUUCGUUGAUCCGAAUAUAAUACAAUCUGGAUUUUGUUAAAAAUACGAUAUAUAAAAACCUGAUAAAACCCGGUAGAAAUCCAAAGUCUCAUUAUUAACUUGCAAUUUGAUAUUGGUUGAUCCGAUACAAUCUUAUAAGAAUCUAAUGAUAUUUUUUUUUAUAAAAAAAAAUUGAUUCAAACUUUUGUUAUACUUUUUAAUAGUACAAAAAUUUGAAUAACUAUUUGAUUUGUGAUUCUUUAAUUUUCGAUAAAAAAUUUUACUAUAUCAUUAGAGAAAAUGAAGAAAAUUGAACAGAAAAAACUAUAUUUCUUGUUAAAAUUUAAUAUUAUUGAGAUGAAUUAGUAUUUUGGAACUGUUAAAUAUUAUUAUAUUAUAAAGUUAUAUUAUAUCGAAGAAGGUAAUUUUUAAAAAUAUUAUAUAAUUUAUAAAUUAGUUUAUUUGAGAAUUUGUAUGUACAACUUUUUUUAAUUUUCUCUUAGGCAUAGACAGUUUAUCGAGACAAAAAAAACAAACAGGUUUAGUUCGAAUUUGGGUCCAGGGUAAAGUACCAAUUAGGUAAUUUUUGGAUCUAUAGGUCUCUGUUUGAGUAUGGAUCCUACCCAAGACUCGUUGCAUACACAUAGUACCCAAAUUGUUUUAUGUAUAUUAGAUAUAUUUGUGUAUUUAAGAUAUAUUUCGGUAUUACAUAUAUUUUUUAUGUUUUGGCUUUAGGUUUUGGCAAUAGUUUUAUAUUUUUGGGUAAAAUUAAGAUUAUAAUUAUAUCAAUACGUUCAAGCGGGUGUUUUGUUUUUAUUUUUUUUAUAGUAAAUAAUUUUAGGGAAAUUGGAUUCUAUAGCACAAAAAAAAAUUAUAAUUAAGUCAGUAGCUCUUUACCCUAAAACACAACGAUACACCGUAUAUUUUCUAUAAUAAUACCUUUAUACCCCACUCGCAACCGGCUAAAAGUAAAAGAAAGAAAAAAAAUUCAUCUUCUCCUCUUUGACAUCGUGGCCUCUUCAUCUUCACUCACACGUUAAUUGUUAUUUUUGGACGAUAAAAUUAAUUAGUUUCACUCAGAGUUAGAAGCGUUUCCGGCGACUAGUUGCGGUGAAGGAUCUACGGAGAGUCAUAAGAGUCAUUGUUUAAGAUCUACUCACACCGUCCGCCAUGUGUGUCGUGGGAUUUAUGGGCUUUUGUCAGUGAGUUCGGUGACGAUUUCUUCAACAGACAGUAGUAGUCAUAAAAUUGCAGAGGUUAGUCUUUUUGUUUCUGAUAUAUUCAAUGAUUGAUACUGCAUGUCCCAGUCUAAGAGUAGAUGAAUCAAAAUUGAGAUUGCAUGCCGCAAUCGGUAUCUGUAAAGCCCUGGAACCGCAAGUUUGUGGCUUCAGUGUCGUAUAGUAUGGUUGAUUCUAUUCCAUAUCAGUGUCAUAGUAUAUACUUAUACUUACAUAGUGUAUACCGCUACAUUAUGUCUGAAAAAAGGAUGAGGGGAAGAAAAUGAAGUUGCAAACCAUACUAUAUUCGGCAGAAUUAUAGUAUAGUAUAUAUUAUUAUUGCGGUUAUUUAUGUAAGGUUACUAUACUAUUAGAUAUAGUAUUCUAUUCUUUACGUUUCUCUAUAUUAUUUUCUUUAUAUAUGAUAGUUUAUAGAUUGUAUUUGGGUUUAUAAGAUCCUACCCAGGGUUUAGAUUUACUAAGUAGGGGUUUGAGUAUAGGAGGAUUCGGUGGUUCAUUAUUUACAUAUGUUGUGUUACAUCUAUAUUAUAUUUGUAUUAUCUAUAGGAUUAUGUUCUAUUUGAAGUUACUUACUAUAUUGUAUAUUUGUUUUCCAUUCUGUUUGACAGUGUGUUGUCUUUUUCUGCAUAUGGUAAAUAAAUUGGUAACGUUGACUUCGGUCCACGUCAUCUCUACCAGUAACCGGUAACCUGUACGUUGAAAGGACAAAACCGGACAUUUCUUUGCCUAAAUGUUAGCAAAUGAAUUAUGUCAAAAUCACUGAUAUAUUCUUCAUUUCCAUUAGUGUUUUGUAUAUUAAGCAAAUUCUCCCAUAAUUUUAAAUUCUUGUAAUAACAAAAGAAUAUUAUGAUAUAAGGCUUACAUUUUCUGUUUUCUAGGUAUAAUAUAAACUGUAUUUCCUCACGUCGGCCAAUGGUUAAAAUCAGUGAAUAUUAUAAAUAUUUAAGGAAAUUUUAUGAAAUGUAAAAUUAAUUUUACUAACAUUAAGAAAUUUAAAACUGAAGACGUGAGGUGUAUAUUGGUUGUUAUAUAUUGAAUUGAUGCAAGAAUUGGUAAUAUAAACUUGAUCAAUAAUUUUUUUUUAACUUGAUCAAUACUUAAAAAAAAUAUGAAUGAUAUUGUAUAUAGUUUAUCAGACUCCAUCCUGAUUUAGUAAUAUGAAUCUAAUUUUGGAAUAUAAACCGGUAAUUGAAUGGUUAUCAAAAAUUAAUAAUAACUCGUUCCUUUUUCAUAUGUUUAUAUUUCAUGUAUUUCAUACUUGAGUAAAAGCUAUGGUGGGUGUCGUAUAUUUGAGAAUGUCAAUAUAAGACUUACAUUUAUUGUGGGCCAUUAGAUAUGCUUGGAUAUAGGCAAUUAUUGUGAUCUAUGAAAUUAUGAAUUUUCAUUAACUUUUGACGAUAACACAAAAGAUAAAAUCAUAGUUAGAAUAAAUAAUGUAUAGUUAGAGAAAUAUAAGGUAAUACCAAAAAAAUAGCUAAGUCUAAUGAAAAGGUCCAAACAACCUUUUUAAGUAGAUUUAUUAAAACUCUUUCCCUUUUAAUAGUAUUGAUUUACAUUUGAUAGAUAACCUGCUGUAUACAAUAAAGUUGAAGAAAUUUAAUCUGCAACAUCCAGGACCUUGUUAUCCGAAAACUAAAAAAAUAGCAACUACAACAUUUUCUACAUACUCUAGGUUUUCAGUAAAAUCAUGUCAACCAUUUGGUGAAUUUAAAAGUAAAAUUUCAAUUGUAAGUUUUUUCUAUUUGUCUUAACUGUACGCACAUACCAAACCUACUAUUUAGAACCAGAACUUCAGCUAACUUAAGCUUUUUAGCUCAUUGUUGACUUGAGAAAACUGAUAAUAUACUUUUGUGCGUGUGUAUAGAUGACUUUCGAUAUAGCCAACGUUUGAUCCUUUAACUUCUACUGUGACUGUUCUUUCCAAUAAAAAUGCUUAGAAUCGGUUGACGUAUAUAUAAUAUAUCCUAAUAAAGAAUUGGAAGUUGGAACGAUAAAAUAAAAAUACUUUUCCUGUUAAAAAACUACUGAAAUGACCAAUCCGGAUAUAUGGAUAAAAGUAUAUAAAGUAGUUACUGUUCCACGAAGAAAUAUCAUUUAAAAUGUUAAUUUCCUAAACUACCACUUUCAUACUAACUAAGAAGAAUAUUAGUACUUCCAAAGCAGUGAUCCUUAUCAAAUCAGCAUUUCAGAUAAUUUGUCCUCCUAAAUUAGCAUAAUAAAAGAAAAAGGAGGGUGUUACGUUUGAGGAACAUUUUAUUUUAAAAGACAAUAAAAAAAACUAGGGGGGCGGGGGGUGGUCAGCAAAAAUAUAAAGAGAUUUUUUUGCCAGCAAUAUCAAAAAGAGUUUUCUCACUUCACGAAAACAAAAUAUUAAAGUUCGAAAAUAUUCAAAAGAGUGCAUGUCUUUUUAAGCUGAUCUCGCAUUCCCUGCAUCUCUCCAAAGCUUCGUGGACCGGUCUAUAUAUUUGUGGAAUGAAAUAUGCCAACUUUAACUAGUGUCGCUCUUUCAUGUCUGCGAGUGGAAUAGUUUUAACAAAACAUUAUAUACACAGCUUUAUAGAUCAUAAUAUUUGAAGUGAAAUUUAUAAUAUAAACUGUAUUGAUUUUUUAUUUUUGUAGUAAACACAACCAACCAAGGAGAUUAGGGUUAAGUUUAUGGUUUCCAGUUCAAAAUCAAGAAAUAAUAAAUAUAUAUUACUUAACUUUCCAUUUAGGCGAAUAAAUGUGUAAGACAUAUAUUGUAACAUUCCGCGGAUUCAAGAUCCACAAUGUAUGCUUUUCGGAGAACAAUUCAAAUUAUUUAUGGGUAAGAUAUGUUUCGAAAACAUCAAAUGAAAUGAUACGUUAAUACAUAAUUGAUCUAUAGUAGCACAAAAAAUCAUUUUUGCCGUUAAUGUGGUUGAUACAUAAUAUAAAAACUCAUUGCCUGCAGAUAUCAUCAAUUCUUAAAAGUUAUUUUCAAAAUUAAAGUGGUAGAGGACCUAGAGGGUAUAUUAAGCCUAUAUGCUAUAUAUUGUAGAUUUAAUACAAAGAAAGCAACAUAAAAAAAGCCUAAAGCAAAGGAAUUGACGGAACAUGCCUAAAAUGUAUGACAUAGCGUAUUUGAAUGAAAUUUUGUUCACGAGAAAAAAUAUCAUCUUCUCCAUCAUCUCUCACGCCUCUUCCCUCUGUUCACAUCUGUUUACUCGUCACCAUAAGACAUAUAUACAUUAACCUAAUCCAAAAUUUCCACGUUAUUUAUAGAUUUUCCAAUUGAAUUAAGUUGAUGCAUGUUAUUUUAUGCUGUAAUUUUCAUAGUGGUUAAUUAGUCAAUUGAUCAAUUUAUAUUAUAUGUCUAUCAACGUAACAACCUCUCUUAUGCAUUUGGAUCUGCAUCACCUAGAUGAUGACUUUAUCAUCCAAGAGAUUUAACAGUCCUUCUCUCUCUUAAUCUUGAUUACCAUAAGUCAAACUUGAGAUUCUUUUUAUUGCUAUAUGGAGUCCAAUUAUCGCACAUAAAAGGUUAAUUGAUUAAUUAAUAUAUGACUAUAUGUACACAUUUAUACGAACAUAGAUGUAUGUGAAAUUCCAAAAGAGUUCGUGUAAUCCUUAGCAAUUAAUGACAUAUAAUACAUGUUAAAAACAACAUGUAAAUGGAAGAGUUAAAGAGAAUUACAUAGCCAAUAUGAAUAAUCUGUUAACUGAAGUUAUCAUACUUCUAUUCUUCAAAAAAAAAAAAGUUAUCAUACUUCUAUUUAUAUCUCAUUUUCUUUAAAUUUGUGUUUGCUCUUUAAAUAUGCAUGUGAGUUUAUAAAGGGAUGCAAGCUCCUAGAUACAAUCUAAGAGCCAAUAAUAUCAUUACUAGAUGAGUUAAGUGAAGACCAAGUGAGUAUAUCUUUUGGCAGACAUAUGCAAAUCUUGUGAAUAUGAUUGGAAUGAUAAUUAUUCAACGGAUCAUAAAGAAAACGCUUGAUUGGAGGAUUAACCAACAUAUAAACAAAGAUGAUAAUAAACAAAAUAACACAUAAAAUAAGAGGAAAGCCUGCACAGGUAAUGUUGACCAACAAUAGCUUCAUUCUAACUAGACAAGGCCAUGUGUGUUGUAGGACCUCCCAAAUAUUUUUUUUUAUAAUUAUUUCAUCAUUUCCCAAUUUAUUAUAUAACCAUGUUCUCUCCCUUCUCCUCAUACCACUAAACCAACCUUCAAGAAUAGAGAAGAAGCGAUAUCUCUCAGCAAAAAAUAAAUAAAGUCUCUCUUUUCUUCUCUGAACUCAUCAUUGCAACGUAGGCUUUGUUUGUGUCUGCUUUCAGACAUAAAAAAAUGAUACCCAGUUACGACCCAAAUGAUACAGAGGCUGGUCUCAAGCUUCUCGAGGAUCUAACCUCAAAUGCAGAAGCCAUUCAAGAACAAGUUCUCCACGAAAUUCUCUCUCAAAAUUCUGGAACUCAAUAUCUCCGAGCAUUUCUUGAUGGAGAAUCCGACAAGAAUCAACAAAGUUUCAAGAACAAAGUCCCUGUGGUAAAUUACGACGAUAUAAAGCCUUUCAUUCAACGAAUCGCCGAUGGAGAAUCCUCUGAUAUCGUCUCCGUUCAACCCAUCACAGAGCUCCUCACUAGCUCGGGGACUUCUGCAGGCAAGCCGAAGUUGAUGCCUUCUACAGCUAAAGAAUUGGACAGGAAAACAUUUUUCUACAGCAUGCUUGUGCCUGUAAUGAACAAAUAUGUGAAUGGGCUAGAUGAAGGAAAAGGGAUGUAUCUUCUUUUCAUAAAACCUGAGAUCAAGACUCCUUCAGGUCUAAUGGCACGUCCUGUGUUGACUAGUUACUACAAAAGUCAGCAUUUCAGGAACAGACCAUUCAAUAAGUACAACGUCUACACAAGCCCUGACCAGACAAUUCUCUGUCAAGACAGCAAACAGAGCAUGUACUGUCAGCUUCUCUGUGGUUUAGUCCAACGAUCUCAUGUCUUAAGAGUUGGAGCUGUCUUUGCCUCUGCCUUUCUUCGAGCGGUCAAGUUUCUGGAAGAUCAUUACAAGGAGCUUUGCGCAGACAUUAGAACCGGUACUAUCACCAGCUGGAUCACUGACUCAGCCUGCAGAGACUCGGUUUUAUCGAUUCUUGAUGGACCAAAUCAAGAACUGGCUGAUGAAAUUGAGUCCGAGUGUGCUGAGAAGUCAUGGGAAGGGAUUUUAAGGAGGCUAUGGCCUAAGGCUAAGUAUGUUGAGGUGAUUGUGACGGGUUCGAUGGCUCAAUACAUUCCAACACUAGAGUUUUAUAGCGGUGGUUUACCCUUGGUUUCAACCAUGUAUGCUUCCUCUGAGUGUUACUUUGGUAUCAACCUUAAUCCGCUUUGUGAUCCUUCGGAUGUUUCGUAUACGCUUCUUCCUAACAUGGCAUACUUCGAGUUCUUGCCUGUUGAUGACAAAUCUCAUGAAGAGAUUCACUUUGCUUCGCAGUCUAACGCCGAAGAUGAUGAUUCUAUCAAGGAAGAUCUUAUUGUCGACCUUGUUAAUGUGGAAGUUGGUCGAUACUACGAAAUUGUCAUUACUACGUUCACAGGUUUAUACAGAUACAGAGUGGGUGAUAUUCUAAAAGUGACCGGUUUCUACAACAAAGCGCCUCAAUUUCGUUUCGUGGAACGAAGAAACGUUGUAUUAAGCAUAGAUACCGACAAAACAAGCGAGGAAGAUCUAUUAAACGCGGUGACACAAGCUAAACUUAACCAUCUCCAACAACCUUCAAGCCUCUUGCUCACGGAGUACACCAGCUAUGCGGACACGUCAUCGAUCCCGGGGCAUUACGUGCUCUUCUGGGAGCUAAAGCCACGUUACAACAACGACCCACCAAAGCUAGACGACAAGACAAUGGAGAAAUGUUGUUCUGAGGUUGAGGAUCGUUUGGAUUACGUGUACAGGAGAUGCAGGAACAAAGAUAAAUCUAUUGGGCCAUUGGAGAUAAGAGUUGUGAGUUUGGGGACUUUUGAUUUGCUGAUGGAUUUUUGUGUCUCGCAAGGAUCUUCGGUGAAUCAGUACAAGACUCCAAGAUGUGUUAAAUCUGGAGGAGCUCUUGAGAUUCUUGAUUCCAGAGUUAUUGGGAGGUUCUUCAGUCAGAGAGUUCCUCAGUGGGAACCACUUGGUUUAGAUUCUUAGUUUCUUUUUCUUUAUUUUUAAUAUAUCAGUCUUGAUUUUAAGUAAGAUCCUCAUUUAUUUAAGUUGCUAAUUGGUGUUUUUUUAUAUAUUAAAUGUUUGUGCUCUUUUGUCUCUUUUGUAACAAACUUUCAGCAAAGUCCUCUCAUUUUGUGAAUGUAUACUUGUUGUGUGUCUUGUUAUUAUUUUAUUCUGUCUCCCUUUCGUUUUCAUUUGAUGAAGUUUUUUGAAAAUAUGAAAAAAAUCUGAUAUUAUUGAUUUGUAAGAAUAUAAUACUUGACAGUACUAAAUCGUACCAAACCCUUUACAUAAAGUCUCAUCUAUGGGGGAAAAAGAAGACUUAUAUAUUAUUAUUUUCCCAUCAAUCUUCCAUAUAUGUAUUUGUUAUAUUACAAGUCGGCAACAUCGACAAUACAAAACAAUAUGAUUGGUGUAGUGGGUGCAUUUAAAUUUUUUGAUGGUGAAUAAAAGAGAGUUUAUCUAAAUUAUGAUUAUAUAAAAAGCCAACAAUCUAGAAGAAAGUGAAAAUAUUUUUCAUAUGAAUUCUAAAUUAAAUAGAAACUGAACGUAAGAAAAUCUACUAAAUAGAUAAUAUUUUACAAGAUAAACUUUCGUAAUUCUCUUUAAAAAUAGUUUUUAUAUAAGUAUAGAAAUAGAUGUAAUCAAAAUGAGGAAACUGAAAUAAUUGGAUAGAGAGGUGAACAGUGACGUAGGGAUGCACAUGAAGAUGGUGAUGGUUUAAUUUGCCAGCCAACACACAACUACAUCAUUGAGAUCCACAUUUCUUUCUUACAUCAUAUUCUUUUUCAUAAUCUCAACUCUCUCGUCAACGGUUUCACCUUCUUUUCCUAAACCUAGAAAAUAAAUUAUGUAUAUUUUUGUGUUAAAAAAAGAAAAAAAAUAAGUUAUGUAAAUCACCUUUGUUUUACCGAUAAUUCGUUUUAAGUUGAAAAAAAAAACACACAAGAAAGUUUUGUUAUAAACAGUUCUUCCAAUAUCAGUUGAAUUAUGCAGAAUAAUGGUUCUAUGUGAUUUGGAAACUCUUAAGAAUUUUUUUUUGUAACUGAACUUUUAAGAAUUUCUGAGCAAAUUUCUUCCAUGUUGACCAUUAACAAUAUUUGGAUAUGUUUUUAAGCACAAAGUAGGUUAAACGUUGCUAGUCAAGCAUGUGCCGCACUGGUAUUGUAAUGUAAACUGCAGAAGAAUAUUCUAACAACAAUAAAAGAUGUAUGGUCUCAUAAAAUCAUUAUCAUAUGUCCAAUACGAAACACAAAUUCUUUAUCCCAACAAUUCACAAUCAUAAACUAUAAUAUUUUCAAAUGAAAUAAUUAAAUAUACAAACUAUAUGACUAUUUGGUAGGACUACUAAUAGUUAAUAUAUCUAAGGCUCCGAAUGGUGACAGCGGAUUUGAUAUUAAAAGCGGUGCGGAAUUAAAGUGCGGGACGGUGCAACUGCGGUUCAUGCGGAAUUAGAGUGCGGUACAGUAUAACUGCGGUUUUAAGUAAAAAGCGGUGCAAAAUAUUAUUUGAUUGGUGACAUAUAUAUUUGCGGUAUUUGAGUAGCUAUUUAAUUAAUAAAAUAACAAUAAUGUAAAAUAUGGAACAUAUUUAAAUAAUAGAACUAUUAUAUUAACAUAAUAACUAUAUUUUAAAUAAAAAAAUUUGAUUGGUAAAAAAUAUUAUACUGUGUAAAUAAAUUAAUAUUAAGUAGUGUUAAUGAUGUAAGUUUAUUAACUACAAAUUUAUAUGUUUAUAAAUAUGUAUUUUAAAAGUAAUUAUUUAUAAUUUGUAAUGAAAUAAAAAUAUAUUAUUUUUUAUUUAGGCACAUUUAAAUUAAGUCAUAAAAACAUAAAAUAACAAUAUUUUUUUAUUAAUCUGCUGAUUCUUGAAUCUAGCUUAUGGUAUUUUUACAUUUGAAAUUUUUUUUUUUCUGUUAAAACGCAUGAAGGUAACUUUGAAGUUUGUAGCAAUCUCGUUGCUUUAUUGAUUACAUUAUAUUUUAGUAGCUAUUCUUACAGUACAUUUAUUGAAAAUAAAUUAAUCUUUAAAAAUAAUAAUAAUAAAUUGUUAUCCAGUGCGUUAUUCUCAAAACCGCUGGGUAUUAACUGCUUUCCAAUUUUGAAGUGCGGUUUGUUGAUUUGCUGAGUAAAUUUUACUGUAUGCGUUUUUGCUUUUUCCUUUUCGAAAACCGCAGUACAUCUGACAAAAAUGGGUGAUUGGUGCACUAAAAGCGUUUUUGUGAAAACCGCUUUGAAUUCCGCGAUGGUAUUGUCACCAUUCAUUACCUAAAUCUAAUGACUGAUUGAUUAACUGUUGCAGCCAAAUACAAUAAUAGCCGAAGAAGUUAAAUUCGAAUAAGACUUUAUCUUUUUUUUUGUCGGGUUUAUAUUUUACUUCAAUUGAGAAAAAUGCUGAAAACAUACAUUUUAAUUUUAUAACUAAAACUUACAAUUUAACUGACAGUAUUUGUCGUGGAAGCACCGUGACCUAUUAGUCAAAGUUUAAAGGUUUUAUACCUAGGUGUGGAGUUCGAACUCCAGAUAACGUAAUUUCUAUAGAAAAAAGUCUGGGUUUCAAUUCUCGGAAAAGAUAAAUUAUGCAGAAAAUUAGAGAAAAAUGUUUACAAGAGAUCUUUAGCAUGACGCAAUGAGCACCAUCAAGAAUGGUCUCAUAGAGCUACUCAGGGUGAUGCAUUCAUGCGUGAAUUCUCAUAAGACAAGUAGAAUUGUCGGCUGUAAUAUCGUCUAUGUGAUGUUUCUCAUAAUUUGAAAUAGCAUAAUUAAACAGAAAAAACAAAUUGACAUGAUUUGCCAAAAUAUGAGCUUGAAAUGCAAACAAUCGGUUUGUUUACAUUACAUUAUUGUGAAUAUAUCUAUGCGAAUGAGUAAGAGGAGAUCAAAUAAAUAAGAGUCAUGCCAUGUCACAAAAGGAGUAAUUAUAGUCUCAAUUCAACACUAAUUUUCACAAAUCGUACCAAAUUCUAGACGAUGAUGUCACUACAAUAAAACACCAGCUAUACAACUACGUAUAUCGUCUGACAAAUUAACACGAUUUAAUGGUGAUAUACAAAUCGUCGUAAAACAUCCAUCGUAAUUUCGUCAUAAAAUUUACGACAAAUCAGUUUUGUCGUAAAAUGGAGGUAACACGUUUCGUCGUAAAAUACUCCUUAACCAAUAAAAAAAAAUUUCGUCGUAAAAUACUCGUAAAGUUUCGCUGUAAAAGAGACGUAAAAUGUCGAAGCUAAAUUGUUGUUUAUGAGCUGUAAAACUCUAUGACGAGUUUACGUCUUUUUCUGUCAUACACUCCUCAAUCUAUUACAUCCAUUUAAUGUCAACGAAGAUGUAAACUCAACGAAAACUUACGAGAAACUAACAUCGAGUCUACAACGUAAUUUUGAUUUUUAUUUUUCGGACAUAAUUCCAAAAUAAUUAAACUCUAAAUAACUUAUAAAAUGUUGAAAGAAGAAUAGAAAUAAAAUUUCAUAAAUUAAAUAUUCAGAGUCAUUAUAUGGACAAUAUAACUUUCCGAGUGUAGUCUAUCCUGAUAGCAUCUUGUAAGCAGGGAAGUCACUUAUGGUCCAUAGAAGCAUUGCUUGAAUCGUAAAGUUGGUUUUCGUUGCACAAUCAUACAUUUUCACCCCAACUAACCACAAGUCUUUCAACUCUUGUAUCAAUGGUUAAAGUAAUAGAUCCAGCGACCGCUUGGAAUGUUUGAGACCAAAAAUUAAUAUGCUCAUGAAUAAAUAUUCACGUUCCAUGCACAACUCUAGUGGUAGAUUGUACAACGUAAGAAUGACUUGCCACAAUAAAUAUUGCCUCCCAGACAUUCCAAAUGGAUUCCAAAGAGAUAAAAUUUGUUUGUAAAUCUAUUUUCUUCUUACCAAAAUGGGGUGGAAUGCUUACCCUUAUUUUUUUGUUAAAAAGUAAAUAUCAUAAAAAUAAAAGGUUAGAUUUACAAACAAACAUAGAUCUAAAGCAUGUUACACCUUAACAAAAAAAAA